GAGGCAGUGAAUACUGCAGAUAGUAGUCUGCCAUACAGACCCUGAGAGAAAGAUAUCCAGUACUGCAGUACAGCCAAUGCAACUCUAACAGGUGACAGAUAACCAGAACUGUGCAGAGCUCAUGGACUCUGGCAUACUACCCAUUCAAAAGUUCUUGAACAAAAAAACAAAAGUUUUGCAAAUCCAAGAUGGCCGAUGUCGGAUCACUGAACAUUGAAGAAGGUCAAACUUUGCAGAAACCGCUGAACGUAACUCUUGAUCCCAAUAACACAAACAUGGCAACAGACCCGUACGACGAUGCAUUAAGCGGUGGUGUUUACACCCUUGACGACAUUGACAUAGGGGAGACAAGCACUGAUGACAUCAGUGUUGGGGAGACAAGUCUAGAGGAUGUAUACAGUGACUGUGUCUCAACGUUUCAGGAAGCUGUUCCUGACGUUGACUCAGAGAAUAGUAUGGAGAGUUCAGUCGAUACAAUAGUAGAUGUGACAGAAGUGAGUAAUACGCUCUUGACCAACAGCACAAAGGUUGAAGGGAAGGCUCCUGGUGAUCAAGCUCCACCGAUUUACUUUGAGCUGGAAACUGGGAGCGAUAAGAAGGACAGUUGUAUCAUGCCAGAAAUGCAGCCCUCCGUACAUGACAUUACUCAGGCUUUUGAAGCCCUUGGCAGUGAUCACCAGGUUCCAGAGGUGAAGAAACAGAGGUCUGAUGAUUCCACACCAGCCGUUCAUGAUAUUCCCCUGUCUCGGAACCCAUUCGAAGGAUUUGAGGUCCUCAAGAAUACUGCACCAGUAUAUGAGCUUGAGAAAUCUGAAUCAAGGGAGACAGCUAAUGCUGUCGGUGACCAAACUGAAGGAGUUUCACUGUGGGAUACGGCAGAAGCUAAUGGUGAGGUAUCAGACAAGAUAAUUUCCGAGCCAAUUUAUGAUGUUGUGCCAUCGCGGGAUUCAUCUGAGAGAGGUUCAGGUCAUUCAUAUUUGACUCUGUUGGGCGAAGAACCAAUAUAUGAGGUUGUGGUUCAUGAUACGACUGCUAAAGGUAAAAAUGAUUCAAAGGUGAAAGGUCAAGGACAGUCGAAAGCUGGUAGUGACGGCGAUGUAUCAGCGGCACCCCCAGGCCUUGGUGGUGUUUACUCAAUUGCACAGGAAGCAGUAAACAAAUCUAAAAAACAAGCAAAUUUAGCCAGAAGUGCAGCAACAAGCAUGUAUGAAAUGGCCAAGCCGAUUCCUACUGGUUCUUCUGAGAGUGUGUUGAGGCGUGAUGACUUCAUGAUUCAGUCGCACCCUCCUGGUUUCAUAUCAUGUAAGCAGGGCUCUGGACGCCCAUACUCUGUCCACUUCCUGGAGGACGCCAGUGCAGCCCGGAAGGGUCUCAAGACACCAGAGGAUGGGGAUUAUGACAGGUUGAAAUUCCGGAGAUUCAAUUCCAAGAAAUCAAAGAGUCGUAGUCAGUUCUACAUCAGCUAUAAUGGAGAAGAUGAUAUUUUGCCUGAAGACUUUCCUGAACAAGACGCUUCACCGGAGGCUGAGACUGUUGCUCCCGUGUCUCAGGAUAAGCUGUACGAGUCCAUAAGCUCCAUACACCUGUCUGACGAUGGGUGGGGGUCCUCCGAGUUCGAGGAAUCAGGGGACGAUGAGGUCUUGGAACAGGCCCCAGCCAAACCUCUACCUCCAGAACCCAAACAGGGUCACCAUAUUAUCAAACGAAUUCGAAGUUUGGCGAGGAAAAAUAAUGUUACCAUGGAAGAGGACACUAGAUGCUUUCCUGUUGAUCUUAACCCUUCAAAACAUCCACCCCCAGAGUUACCUCCCCCUUCGGAUGACCUUUCUGAAAGUCAGAAAAAAAGGCGAUGUGUUGUUGAUUUGACUAUAUCGAGUGAGAAGUCCUACAUCAAUGCUUUGGAACGGAUAACAGAGGAUUACAUGAAAGUGGUGUUGGAGAACAUAGCCUCCCCACGCAGUCACGUGAAGAUGGUGUUCGCCGAGGCUGAGCAGAUCCUGAGCCACCACAAGAUGUUCCAGAUCGAACUGGCUGACCGUGUCAGGAAGUGGGACCAGGGGAAGAUCGGAGACAUCUUCACAGCAUCGUUCUCCAAGACGAUGUUGCUCAACUCCUACAGCAUUUACGUCAACUGCUUCGCUGCAGCGAUGGAAGAGAUCAAGACAGUGCAGAGGACGAAACAGACCUUCUCCGAAUUCUUGAAGGCGAAGGAGUCCAGCAGCAGUGACCGGUUGUCCAUAUUUGGGCUGAUGGUAAAGCCAGUGCAGAGGUUCCCACAAUUCAUCAUGUUGCUACAGGAUUUACUGAAGUUCACACCACAGACCCACCAUGACCGAGGAGCUUUACAGCUGGCUCUCACAGAACUCGAGAAUGUCACGCACAAACUGAAUGAACGGAAACGUCACAGCGAACAAAAGUUUAUGGCCCGUCAGAUCACAAGUCAGUUGUCACGGCAACUGAACCAAGGUGUCAUCAAGGCAGCGGAGAGUCCGCGGAGACUACUGCGACAAGAUGACAUGGAGCAAGUGGUUGGGGAAACAGCAUCAAUGAAGUCCAAAAAUGUCCGAGUGUUCCUGAUGAAUGAUUGUGUCAUGUUCGUCAAGGUUGGAACGAAAGAUCAGGGUGGUUACUCGACCGAGCGAUAUCGGCUGAAGUGGAUGGCCAACCUCCGAGACUUGGAGGUGAAGGAUUCUGCCAUUACCCCGGACAUGGAGAGCGUCGUUAGGGGGACGAGGAAACUCAGCAUCUACUCCACACAGAUAGAUAAGCCUGAGGAAGACCCCUUCCACCUGUUCGCAGAUAAGCCUGACGCGGACCUGAACGAGAUGCUGCACGACUUGCCUGUGCUGGCCCAGAUCAGUACACUGGUGUCCUCACUCAAACGUAACUACAUGGAUCUGUCGGAGGAGCAUAUACAGGAACACAGACGAGACUUGCAGAGACUCGUCCACAUCAAAGAUGAGCAGCUCCGAUUGGUCAACAGUUGCUCUAUCGUUCUCUCUGACUGCACCAAAAGUGAGAAGGUGCGGUACGUUCUUCAGACCCCAAUUGCGUCUAUCAAACAUGAGUGGUGCAUGGACUUCCUGAUAGCUAAACUAGCAACAGAUAAGCAUAACGACCCGGGCUGGGGGGACCUGAGCACCGAGGACACCCAGGAUCUGCCUCCAGCAUUCUUCAUGCGGUGUCUCCCAGUAGACGUCCCUCGGCACUACACCAAGAUGAUGUGCGCCAUCCCAGUGUUCAUGACAUCGAGCUCCGGCACCCGGAUCAGCACCCAACACCUGUGGGUAGUUACCACCACUCCCACCAGGGGGCAGGUCUCCAUCAUCUCCAUACACAACUCCAAACCAAGCCUCAUCGAGAGCUUUAAGGCAGCAGACGUUGAGGUCACAUGUACAGAGCAUGUUCCGGGAUAUGCUAGAGAAGUGAAGGAAUAUGCAUUCGCAGAGGAUUGUGUCUGGCUUGGAACUAUUGACAAUGAGAUCCUCAUCUUCCCACUGACGAGUUCUGAUGGGAUGCGACGUGAAGCAGUGGUGAAGUUCACUCUGCCAGCUGCACCGCUGUCCAUGAAGUACGUGGAUGAGCGACUCUUCUGUGGACUGGUCAAUGGAUCCUUGGCUGUUUUCUCCAGGGAUAACGAUGGCGCAUGGAAUGUAAAUUCUCCUCACUCCUUAAAUCUCUCAAACACCAUCAUAUCCUGCAUGAAGGUAAUUGAUGACGACCUCUGGGUUGCCUUGACGACCAAGAUUCUUGUCCUGGAAAUUGACAGUUUGAAAGAAAAGACAACACAUGAUCUGUCCAUUGAAUCUGAUAACCUGGUCAUCCAUGAGUUUACUACUUCUGGUGUGGGGAUCUGGGUGUCGUUCAAGGACUCCGCCAAACUACGUCUGUACCACACCGAAACCUUAGAGAACCUUCAGGAGAUCAACAUAGCGUCUGCUGUCAGCAGACUUCUGGAAGAGAGGAAGAGCAAGGUGAUGACUGACGACCAGCCGGACGGAUACAGCAGCUGUGUCAUCACCAGUUUGUCAGCCAGCAAGGGACUGCUUUGGAUUGGGACCAAUCACGGCUUUGUUCUCACCCUACCUCUACCUCGCUUGAAGGAUGGUGUCCCACUGGCCAGUGGGCGGCCCAAAAUAUCACACCAUUCUCAUCGGGGACCAGUCAAGUUUCUGAUUCCAAUUUACUACUCUAGCAGUGUCGCUGAACUGAACCGUAGCAGCUCCUUGUGGUCAUCACUUCGGCCAAAGCGCCCCAGUCUCAAUGAUAAGUUAACCUUGAAUAAAAACAAAAGUGAAGAGAUUACCUCCCCUGUUAGUGACAGUGGAAUAGAUGGAGUUAUGUCCCCUGAUGGAAAGUCCCAUACUGAGGCUUGGCAGGCAGAAAUUGAUGAGCUCUCAGUGACUGGUGGAAAUAACACAGUAGUUGGUCAGACCGACACAGAAUCAAAUCCUGUCCUUCAACCAAUCGCUGAAGUGGAUUCAUCUAGUACUACUGAUCAGUCAAAGAGUGCCAAGACAGCUCAGAGUGCUAAGCGGAGGAAAAGUGAUAAAGACAGUGAAAGUUUCAAGAGGGAGAAACCAAGACUGAAAUCAAAAACACUCUCAUUCAGGAGUGAACUCGCAAACAAGAUUGCAAAACGAAACUUUGAAAGUUCUGACUCUGAGUUAGCGGACGAAGAAGAAGAUGAGGUCCGCAUGUUGUACGAGAAUUUGAUGGAGACUGACGAUGACAUUGAUAAAGAGAGUGAGGAUGAUAGUUUCCAAGAUGCGAUCUCCUCGUUUGAAGAGCUUCCUAGUGACUUAGGAUCACCAGAAAAUGCUUUGUCAGCACGGAAGGAUGGUCAGACUGUUAAAUGGGGGUCUGGGGUGAGGCUGAGAGCAACGAGUAGGUCUGUGCGCAGUCGGCAGGGACACUGCAUCGUGGGGGAUCUGCCCAGACACACAGGACGGCGACAAUGAGGAAGAGUCCAUGCAAUGCUGUGAUCGUUGUGGCAGGCGGGGAUGGAUACGUCGACUGGAACAAAAAGACCAAACAGAGGACAUCCGAGGAUGCAAGUCUGUUGUUAUGGAUUUACAAGUUAUAGCUCUACUUGUUCCAUUGUCAU